AUGUUCUAUCUACUUAAAAAACUAGAAGACAAAAACAGACCAUUGAUUGGCCCAAAUGUGAAGGCGCUAAAAUUCUGGGGAAUACUACUUCCAAAAAAUUUGUACACGCGAUACUUGUGUAUCCUUAUGUACCUUUUGGUUGUGAUUUUCGUCGGCACCGAAUACGUCGACAUUUGGUUCGUCAAGGCAGACUUGAAUUUGCUCUUGAACAAUAUGAAGAUCACCAUGUUGGCCACCAUGAGCGUAGUCAAAGUUUCCACAUUCUACCGUUGGCAGCAACAUUGGCUGGAUAUCCUGAACUACGUCACCAGGGCUGACUUAACCCAAAGGAAAACCAAUGACGUGAACAAAAUUGAAAUGAUCAACAAAUUCACCACAUACUCGCGAAAGAUCACUUACGCUUAUUGGUCCCUCGUUUACACCACUGUAAUUUUCGUCGUUGGUUACCCUAUCUUCAAAUAUGUGUUCUUUUCGUCCUACAGACAGAAUGUUUUGAACGGAUGUGAGCCAUUCUUUGAAAUAGUCAGUUCUUGGGUGCCGUUCGAUAAAAGUACCAUUUGGGGAUAUAUACUUGCGUCUAUCUACCAAGCAUAUUCGUCCAUCGUUGGCGGUGGAUGGAUUACUUCUUUCGAUAGCAAUGCUAUGGUUAUAAUGGUAUUCUUUAGAGCUGAAUUAGAACUACUGAGGAUCGAUUGUGCAAAUAUAUUUGGUACUGAAAAAGCUCAAGUAUCAGAUGAAGUCGCCAUGGUGAGAUUGAAGGAGUGUCAGAGGAGACAUGCAGAGGUGAUGAAAUACAUUCAUUUAUUCGACGAAUGUUUGUCUCCAGUCAUGCUGUGCUAUACCAUCAUCUGUUCUGUAAUGCUGUGUGUGACAGCUUAUCAAAUAACGACUGAGCCGAGUUUCGUGCAGCGUCUAGUGUUUACAGAAUACCUCGUGUUCUGCGUCACACAGCUGUUCAUCUACUGUUGGCAUAGCAACGAUGUACUGUAUGCUAGUCGAGAUCUGAGCUUAGCUCCUUAUGAGAGCAUCUGGUGGUCUCGAGGUGUGGAGCACAGAAAGAAUUUGUUCAUACUAACUGCACAGUUCAGUAAAGUUGUGGAAUUCUCAGUGGGACCUUUCACUAAAUUAACUGUUGCUACUUUCAUACAAAUUCUAAAAGGAGCUUACAGUUACUACACCCUUUUAAGUAAAUCGGAUGAGUAA